AUGGCGGUGAACCUCAGCGGACAGGCGGCACACGGCCCCCAGAUGGCGGCUAUCGGCGGCAGCGAAAUCGACCUGUCAAAGCAGUGGCCCAUAAUUCAGGCGACACUCGCAAACAAGCGCCCUGAAAAGCGCAUAAUACGACUGCGACUGCCCACCGCCCCUGCUGAAAUCGCCCCUCGCCCCGUACGUCUUGUUUUGUUCGACUGUGCGUCGACGACCAGCCACCGGUCACACCGCAGUCGAACGCCCCGUCGAUCCUCCUCCAAGACGAGUUUGAGUCAUGUCUAA